AUGGACUCGGCAUCCAGAGGCCGGCGUCUCCAUUGGGCUUUUGAGCGGCUGCACAGGUGCUGCAUAGAAGAGUUAGUCCGAGGACAAGGACAUGUGAGCCUGUUUGCAGGUGGAAUGGGGGCACGUGCAUCGACCCGGGAGGGUCAGACGAGAGGACAUGCGAACUCGUUCCCCUUCGGUCUGGAGGAGUUUUGCGUAGACGCGGUCUCGACCUGUUUCUCUCGGAACGCAGACACGCGUUGCGUCCCCAUCGGCCUCAGCACUCUAGCUGCGCUGCUUUUAAUGCUGUCAUGCUGUCUCUCCGUGUACCAGAGGUGCAGGUUUCGAGGAGAAACUCCAGGAGGAAGCAUUUCUUUCCUCUACUGCUUCCUCGGUAACUUGUGCGCCACAAUUGGAGCUGUUCUGUCCAGGCAGCUGCAUAUUCUGGUUUUGAUGGGUGCUUUUGCUGCUGCUAUGGAUGCUGUGAGUUGUGUUUCUUGCUGCUGCCAUGUGCUCCUGUACUGGAACUCAAAAGCAGGCAGGAGGCUGAGGACCAUGAGAGGGCGGAGGAGGCAGCACCUCCUUGCAGUGUGUGUACUGAUGGUCGUUACAGGAGGCUUUCUGAAAUCCAGGGCGAGCCACCUCCCAGCAGUCGGGCCUCUCCUUGGCAGGAGGAGACUGCUGCUGCAUGCCGCCCUCCAAGACAACACUGAAGUCCUGGGUUACAUACUCGGCCUGCUGUCCUGUGUCAUCGCCUGUACCUCCAGGUUCCCAGCUCUCUGCCGAGCCUACAGAGGACCGAUGCUGGCCCGGGCCUCAAUGUUCUCUGGACUGCUGUGCUCACUGGCUGGUGCCCUCUAUGCCGCUGCCAUAGUCCUUUACGACACUCGGUUUGGGUUUCUUUUAGGAGUCAUGCCGUGGCUGCUGUCGGCAAUAUGCUGUGCCACCAUGGACCUUCUUAUACUUGUCAUCCACGGGUGGAGGAGAGGGACCGCACGGAAGCUGAUCAGUUUUUCUCCAGACAAAGAGAGGCUUUUAUGUAGCUCCCGCAUCCUCACUGAGGACAAUGACGUCAUGAAGAGAAAAAUAAAACAGCAAGUUCUUUCAUCAGCAGGAACCAAAACAAAAGAUGGCCAGAAGAUGACUGAGGUGGGUGGUUACAUGGAUGUCGCUGUUCAACCUGCAGGAAAAGUAAGUGAAGAAUCUGUGGAGGACCGGUCUCUCAACCAAACGCUGCGAAUGAUCAGAGUCGACAGUUUCUGCUGCUCAGAAACAUCCUGUGACUCUUCACUAGUCAGCUCUGACCUGGAGUUGGAUUUUGAAGCGGCAAAUUCCCAGUGGCUUGAACCAACGGCAAAACAAUGGGAGGGGGAUAACUUUCCACCGCAAGAGUUGCCCACAAACCCCAAACUUGAUAACAUCUGCACCUGUGCCAUGUUUGUUUAA